AUGGAUGCGCCUUAUAAUGUGGCCGAGGAGACGUCCUGGUGGCCUCUGGAUGCUGCUGCGGUCAUCAAGCUGCUUGUUGCUUUGUGCGGCCCGCCUUUCGUCUUCACGGUGACUUCGAAGUACUCAACUAUACGCUAUGCGGCUGCCCCGUUCAUGAUGUGGCUUCAUUGGGAUAUCUUCAGCCAUCACUAUCCCAGCAAGACUGAUGCUCUGGAGUUUUCAAUGGCGACGACGCCGUUCAAUUGGCUGCGAUUACUCAUAAUCACACCUGUCGACAUGAAUGACCUCGCAAUAAUGUUCAAAGCUCCUGCCGAAACAUUGCUACAAAAAUUAUAUAUCUUAUACAAGGUGACGAGCACCCCCCGAUGGAUCAACACGCCUUGGGAGACAAAAAAUACUCCUCCUUUCCCUAAGUACUAUACGCGUCGCCAUAUGAAGCUUCCCUCUCGUGGAAGCUUCCUUCUGCGUCAAUCGUGUAUUCUCUUUUGGCAGCUGUUGAUUCUCAACCUGGCGGAAUGUGCAGGCAAUCUUCAAGCUUCCCAAGUGGAGAACCUGGGCGAGCCCAAGAAAUUUUCCUGGAAUCAUUCAACGGAGAAAUGGAUUGAACUCAUAAUCUCCAAUGUCAUCGCGUGGCUUCUCUGUGCUCGCUGCUUGAUUGAUAGCCACUAUCGGGCUCUAUCUGUCCUGCAUGUUGGAAUUCUAGGUGACGACGUUGCGGAUUGGCCUCCGCUUUUCGGAACCAUGCUGGAUAGUUACACGCUGAGAAACUUCUGGGGUAAAUUCUGGCACCAGAGCCUACGCAGCUCCUUCACUGCGGUCAGUAACCGAUUCUGCCGGGAGCUUCUUCGUCUUCCUCGCCCAUCAGUGCUAGAGCGAUACACGAACGUGUUCAUCGUCUUCUUAUUGUCAGGUACCCUGCAUUUAGCUCUAGACUAUGGAAGUGGCCUACCAACAGAAGUUUCUGGGGCUCUCUUCUUCUUCACGGCCUUCACUUUUGGUUAUAUGGUUGAGGAUGGAGUGCAGGCCUUAUGGAAGCGCAUGUUUCCUCUCCACGAAUCCACGCAUGGCAACAAGGAAACAGGGACGCCACGCUGGCAGAAGAUUGUUGGUGCUAUCUGGGUUAUGCUGUGGCUGGGCGUCACCUCAGGCCCUUAUCUGGCCCCGACGAUGGAUCUACCCCCUGCUAUCCUGGGCCCUAUCCCCGCGAAUAUUGAGGUUGGCUUUGGCCCCUUGAUUGGAUUCAUAUUAGUCGUUGGGGCCUUGAUAGCAUACGUUUUCGAGGGCGAGCCUUGA